ACUUAACAGGAGAACCACUUAAAUAUUUUUUUUUUUAAAUAAGAGGUGUGUGAAUCUUGCUAAAUAAAUAAAAUAAAAGGCAGACAUCUAUUUUGAUGUGGAAGAAAAAGGAACCAUCUGGAUUCUUGUUACCCUCACCUUUCUGCUCCAGGAAGCUCCGCUUCAGUUUUUCAAAGACCAGAAAACCUAACCUGACUUCAGCUACACUGGUUAGCAGCAGCGCUUCCUUCAACGAAUUACAUUGGUUGGCCGGCUUGACUAAUAUAUACACUUCCCUUGCAGCAGCUAGUUGUCCCAUAUCACACUCAAUCUCUUGGCCUUCUUUGCUUCCAGCGGAAUGACGGAUGGCUCUAUCUAUGUUGACCUUGCUCUCCCUUCAGCUCCAACCUCUGCCAGGCUGCUUCACCCCUCGCAAGGAUCAGGUGCCUCACCACAUUCCCAGGGGCGACGGACUGCUCUCUGGAUUGGAUGGGCUGGAAAUGUCAUCCUAGGGGUCACUGUGAUCGCCCUGUGUUUUCAGACAUGGAACCUCAUGGGUGAACUGGAGAAAUCCUGUGUCCCUCAGGAUGAAAUGGAAAAUAAUCUAUGCCUAGAGAAUGUGACUUCGCUGCAGCAAUUUUUCUGUAAGCCGCUUGAAAACAGCUCAGCAGAGAGUUCUGACUGCGCAGUCUGCCCUGAGAAUUGGUUACGUCUCAAUAGCAAGUGCUACUGGUUCUCCAGUGAAAAAGGAGAUUGGACCGAGAGCAAAGACGACUGCAGAACAAAAGACUCUCAAUUGUUGGUGAUACAGAAUGAAGAAGAAGUGGACUUUAUACUGCGUAAUAUCCAAUAUCCACUGCUUUGGAUUGGAUUACAAGCCACACCUCCUGACUGGAAAUGGACCUGGGUGGACGGCUCCCCGUUAGAUGACAAACUGUUGAAAGACCUAGCUCCGGCUCAAGAAAACUGCUGCGGGAGACUUAAUGGGAACAAAACUAUUUCUGAGACAUGUACUACUGUAGCCAGAUGGGUCUGCGAAAAGAAAGCUCUGCAAAUAACUACAAGGACCAGAGGCCAUUGAGUACCCCUGCUUCUCGCCCUCUCUGCCUGACCAAUUUCUCUUCAUCCAAUCGGCUGAGUGGUAUUGAUGUCACCUGGCCAAAAUACUAUAAGCUGCUCUGAUGACAGGGGUGGUUUGGGGAGGUUGGGCAGCCUUGGCCUUCGGCUAAAGCUCUGAGUUCUGUGGGGGAUUUGGGAGCCUUCAGAAGUUGAAUUCUUAAAGUAUUGUUGAUAUUAAAAGAACUGAAAUUCUAUGACCCACAAGCAUUUUUUUAUUAUGUCUACUCACAAUGGGUUCUGGAUUUCUAGGUUUAUAGACAAUAUAAUACAAAUGGCU